GAUAACAACAACAACCAUGUCUUGCGCCGCCUCACAACGCUGCCUGGUGCAGCUUCUACGUGAGCCGAUACGGUCGAAAUCAGUCCCUGCAUUUCUCGUUCCAGCGCUUUCCCAGCCAUUGAGGGCGCAAUGCUUCUCGACAACGUCUGCGGCCCGAUCUCGUAUUGGCGGUGCCCCCGUGUCUAUACCACCAGAGGUCAAUUUGAGUCUUAUUGAUCUUCCGCAGAUCAAGGCUCGUGGCAAGGCAAAGGAUGCUCCGAAGAUGGCCGUCGAAGUGAACGGUCCAUUAGGACAAAUGACAUUGAACAUUCCUCCAUUCGUCAACAUUAACCAUGAUCAGACCGCACGAAAAGCCACGAUAUCUGUCCAAGACGCAGAAGUUCCUCAUCAACGUGCCAUGUGGGGAACAACACGCGCUCAUCUCCAAAACUACGUCCUCGGUGUGUCUGAGGGUCACAUUUGCAUCCUUAGUCUAGUCGGUGUCGGUUACAGGGCCACUAUCGAAUCAACUGCGACUACAGUGACUGCUGAAUAUCCCGGUCAACAAUUCGUGUCGUUGAAGGUCGGAUACUCACAUCCAAUUGAAUUACCCAUUCCAAAGGGCGUUAAAGCUUCGACUCCUCAGCCUACUCGUAUCUUGCUGGAAAGUAUCGAUAAGGAGGUUGUGACUCAAUUUGCCGCUGAAAUCAGAGCAUGGAGAAAGCCGGAACCGUACAAGGGCAAGGGUAUUUUUGUAAACGGGGAGACCAUUCGGCUCAAAAACAAGAAGAUCAAAUGAUUGCCAUCUGCAUUUGCUCUGCUUUGCUAUACAUAUUUGCUUGGAUGUAUAUUUAGGUCAUGGUAUCUUUUGUAUUGUAUAGUGGUGUAGUCUAGGAUUUCUUCAUAUCAUGAUCAUCAAACUUUUGGUCUCUCCACGUGCAGGUAACUCUAUUUCAAGUUCAACACAGCCUGGACUGCAUCGAUGACUUGAUCUUGAAGUUUAGCAGGAGCAGCGACAACGCCUUUGUUAUUCUUAAGGGUUCUUCCCUGGGUGAAGUCAAGACGCUUGCCAUAGAUAUCAGUCACCUGGCCACCUGCUUCCCGGACGAGAAGAUCGCCAGCAGCAUGGUCCCAAAUCUUUUCCUGGUAUUCUUUCUUCAUAGGCAAACGAAGGUAGAUGUCUCCGGCACCGCGAGCAAUCGAGCAAUACUUAGCCUGAGAGUCCAAGCGCACACUUGGAGCAGUGAUUCCCAAACGUUUGGCGACUGCAGCAUUGUCAUCCUGGUUAGAGUGAGCGGCUUCAACGCCCUCACAGAAUACAGCCUGAGAGACAUCUGGGACUGGUCGCAUGGAUAUAGAUUUGCUUGGUGCAAGACCGGCACUUGUCAAUGGCCGACUGACGGCUCCUUCUCCCUGGACAGUGGAGAAAAGAACACCCUUACCCUCUUCAUCAGACUGCUGACUGCCAAUACCUGCAGUGAGAGAUUCGGAGUCAUCAAUUGGAAGAUUAGGACAUCCAAUGACUCCUACCUUCACGUCACCAUCCACUAUUAAGGCUAGACAGACUGCGUACUGACCACCUCGCAGGAAGCCCUUGGUACCAUCGAUAGGGUCCAGUGCCCAAAUACGACCUUUUGCUCCGCCGAGCGAAUUCCCUUGAUCUAUCACAGCCAACAUGGCCUCUUCAUUCCCUAACGAUCCUCCAAGGAUCUCAUCACUGGCCGCAUCGUUCAAUUUGAUAUCCUUCACCAAGUCCCAAAUCUCCGAUCGCAAGGCAGCAUCUUGUCUUAGCUCGCUUGACUCUUCCUCUGCUACAAUCUCGUCGUUGGGGAAAUUCUUGGUAAUGGCUUGGAUAAUUAAAGCUUGAGCGCCGAAGUCGCCCUUUGUCACCGGGGAUUUAUCGUCUUUGGCCAAUUCCCCUUUGGCUUUUUCGUGAAAGACUUUCUUUGUGAGCAAACAAGCCCGUUGUACUGCAAGUUCGGCAAUUCGCCGUUCAUAAUCGUAGGUCAUGAUGGCGGUGGUAGAGAAAAAGUGAGAUCGAUAUCGGAGCUGACUGAGGAUUGCGGAGAGACGAGGCUGACAAGUUGUGAUAACGCUUGGGGCCAGGAUGAAUUUAUGAGGACAGGUUUUCAGUAAUGCAGUGUCAGAUAAUAUUGUACAAAAAUAGGAACAGUAAUGUCUCAAAUCAGACAAUUGACAAUGAAUGUUUCGAGUCUU